CAGAUUUUAUAGCGUAAUUUGUUUUCUUCUUGAUCGUCGUUUUCCUGACUGUUACCCAGAGCUUCAUUCUCUCCCUUUGUUAUGGCCGCCUGAAGAAACCGUCCUGUCCUCUUCAUCCCACCAUCUUUCUCUUUUGUCUGUGUGAAAUACAGAGAAAGAGAUACACACAUCUUCAGACUCUUACAUGUAUCUUCUGUAAGCAAACCGAAUUUACAGAUUCUUGUAUACUUCAUUCUUGUCCAUUUGACAAAGGGGAUUGAUUACAUUGAUGGAAAAGAAUGAAGAGUCAUAUAGCCCAGGUUGGGGCGCUUCAUUCUUCAUGCAGACUACUGAAGAUGUUACCAGAGCUUUUAUGGCUGCAGCAGCAGCAGCUAGUGCUGCUCCUUCUUCAAGACCAUCAGUUUUAUACUCAUCAAAAGAUGACAGUGGUGGCCAUCUCCAAAAGCUUCAGAAUCAAGUUUUCAAAGUACUGAAAGGUCUAUCUCAUCCUACUGAAGAGAAAAGAAGUUACAACCCAGAAGUAUUAACUACCCAAAAGCGUCAAUGGGCAAGCUUCCAAUUACAGUCCCUGCAUCGCAGGAUAUUGAAAGAACCAUCAAGGCUGUUUGAGAGCUUUGUAGUGGUUGGACUUCAUCCAGACUGUGAUAUUCAAUCACUUGAGAGGCAGUACUUUGGCAGAAAUUCUCAAGUCAAUGGUCAACAUCAACCAGUGUCCACUGUAGAAAAUCUUGACCCUCAGGUUCUGUUUGUAUACCCUCCCGAUAAACAGCUGCCAUUAAAAUACAGGGACCUCCUUUCAUUCUGCUUUCCUGGUGGAGUGGAGGUUAAUGCUGUUGAAAGAACUCCUUCUAUGAGUGAACUGAAUGAAAUACUUCUUGGACAGGAACACCUUAAACAGAGUGACCUCUCCUUUGUAUUCAGGUUGCAGGGUGCAGAUGAUUCAAUUCUUUAUGGUUGCUGUUUAGUAGCUGAUGAAUUGGUUCAAAAACCUUCUACGUUGAUUUCCAGUUUGUCAGAUGGACAAUUUCGCCCUUCUUCCAGCCGACGCAUCUUAACAACUCGUCGCUGUUACUGCAUUCUUUCAAGGCUUCCAUUUUUUGAUCUUCAUUUUGGCGUGUUGAAUAGCAUUUCCACUGAAGAAAGGUUGGAGCGGUUGAGAGAAAGUAUCAGUGGCUUAGAUCUUGAGUCUUGUGAUGUGCAUGAGCAUGAGAAGAAAGUAUAUUCAGAAGAAGAAGAAGAAGAAGAAGAAGACAAAACAAGUGGUAUUUCUAUUUCAGCUGAACAUGGAGAUAAGUUAUUGCUGAAUGGAAACAGAGAGACUCUACACAAUUCCAUCACUGAAACCCUAGUUAUAGAUGAUGAUAAUAAGGCUGAAGCAGUUUCUGAAGUUUGUGAUGCUUCUGUUUAUGAUAUAGUCAACAAUGAUCAGCCAUCUCAAAGGCAGAUACCAAAUGCAAUUUUGCCUCUUCUACGUUAUCAACAAUAUGAUAGCUCUGAAUCUUCAUCGAGUUUACAAGGGUCGCCUAGUGAAGAUAGAAACUUCAGGAGUGAGCUUGAUUCAGCAGAAAUGGAGGAAACAUCUUUCUCUAGCCAAGAAGAUAGCGAACAUGAUGAGAUUCUUGAUUGGGCCAAGGAAAAUAAUCAUGGAUCCUUACAAAUAAUAUGUGAAUAUUACCGAUUAAGCCUCCCUACAAGAGGGUCAACAGUUACAUUCCAUCCUCUGGAUCAUCUUCAUCCUUUGGAAUUUCAUAGACCAGAUGAAACAGUGUUACAUAUUGCAGGCUCAACUAUUGAUUUGAUGUCAUGCACCACAAGUUUUGAAUUAGCAGAGGCUCACAGUGCACUUGCAGUGGAAGAAGAAGCAACUGCUUUAUCAGUUUGGGCAAUUGCAUGCUUGUGUGGCUCCUUGCGUCUCGAACAUGUGUUGACAAUAUUUGCGGGUGCAUUGCUAGAAAAGCAAAUUGUGUUUGUAUGCUCAAAUUUGGGAAUAUUAUCUGCUUUAGUUUUGUCAAUUAUACCUCUCAUUCGUCCCUACCACUGGCAAAGUUUUUUAAUGCCGGUCUUGCCAAAUGACAUGGUGGACUUCUUGGAUGCACCUGUUCCAUUUGUUGUUGGUGUGAAGCACAAAACUGCUGAAGUACAAUCCAAGUUAGCAAAUGUUAUUUUUGUUGAUGCAAACAAAAAUCAAGUUAAAUCAGUUUCAGUACCAAAUUUACCUCGACACAAGGAGUUAUUUGCAGCAUUAAGUCCAUACCAUGCUCAGCUUGUGGGUGAAAAUUAUUUAGGGAAAAGAAGACCUGUUCAUGAUUGCACUAAUGUUCAGGUGGAAGCUGCAAAGGGAUUCCUAACAGUAUUACGAUCUCACUUGGAUUCUCUUUGCUCUAACUUACGUUCUCACACAAUUACAAAUGUUCAAUCAAAUGACGAUAAGGUAUCUUUGCUUUUAAAAGAAAGUUUCAUCGACUCGUUUCCUAGUCGUGAUCGACCUUUUAUGAAGCUUUUUGUGGAGACGCAACUUUUCUCUGUACAUACGGAUCUGGUGUUAUCUUUUUUCCAGAAGGAUUAGUACAAGCAGCACAUAAUAAAAUAAAAAUUAUACAAAACAAAAAAAAUCUGUCUCAAAACUAAGUUAUGUAAUGAAAUAUUUAUUACGUACAUUUCAUUUCCCCCUUGUUCUUUCAUGUCAGUUAUAUGCAGAAAUGGAAACCUGAAAGUGGGGCCAAAAGAGUAAGGUUAAAAAAAUUUGUACCAAGAAAAUUUGUAACUUUAAUGAGAGACCACCAAAUGAAAUGAGUCAGUGGAGUCAUGAAUGUGAAUUUA